AUGAGCGCACGACUCUUUAUGAAGGCGACGCAAAAUACGUCAUACCAAAUCUUGCAGGCAUUCCUUGAUCAUGGAUGGGACAUUAACACGCCGAUUGACUCGAAUACGCCACCGGGAUUAGCCUUCUCUUAUCAUGACGCCGAUUUAACCAUGUGGUUCCUAGCCCACGGAGCAAACCCCAACCAGCGAUGUGAUAAAGAUUGCACCCCACUAUCUGUCGCAUUUGAAGUGGCUAGCUUCGAAAUUAUUCAAAUUCUUCUUGACCAUGGUGCCAGUCUAUCCCAAGGCCAAGUGAUGCACUAUGCAGCAGUUCGUCAAUUUGAUGAUCGACUUCAAGUUCUGGAGUUCCUGCUUGAGAAAGGUCUACCAAUCAACAACAUCAUGUAUCAAGAUUCUGAGGACUAUAAUGCCAAUAUGUUUAGUGGUAUUGGUACACCCCUUCAUUAUGCGGCUGAGAGAGGUCUACUUGACUCCGUGGAACUUUUAGUUGAGAGAGGAGCAUCAACAAGAAUUCGAGAUCCUGCAGGCCAAAUUGCUCUCGAAUGGGCUGAAUUCAACAAUCAAAAGGCCGUAGUGGACUUUCUUCGUCCAUUGUCUGUUGGAAAUGACUCACAAUCCGUGGCACAAUUUACAGAUGAACCCGGACGCCACUUUACCACCACUCCACUGGAGUAA